GGUUUCUCAGGUUUUCUGUUCUCUACCGCCAUCUCCGCUGGCAGAGCCAUGCAGAGGUCCCCAAAUCCUUCUGUGGACCCUCAUGACGCCCACCUCAGACGCCUUCUUGACCAACGAGCGACCCGCGCCGACCUUCAUUCUCGAGUUCCUUCUCUUUCCGAGUUCUCAGAUACACCUUCUCUAUACAGUCAUGCUUAUUUUUCUCCUCAGCCCCCUCACUUCAACAGUAACGUAGAUGAAUUGUCCAGCAAUUUCGCUUCUCCUAUCCGUUCAGACCGCGACCGGUUCAACGAUCUUGCUGUCAGUAUGCUUGACAUGGACGACGAACCUCGGUCUUCUUAUUCUUCGAAUGAAUACGACGAUAUGGAUGGUGGAGACCAGAGUACUGUUGAACAGCAUCAGGAGGAGGAGGAUGAACUUGCGAUGCCUCGCCUGAGUCUACUCGGUCCUAAGAUGCGCUUCCAUUCUAAAGCCCCUUGGGAGUUAGAUGACUCCGUGCUACAGCAGGACGAAGAGUCGGAGGAUGACAUGUAUAGUCAUUCUGUCAUGUCGUCUACUACUCGCAACAAAGGAGGUGCAGCUCGUCACUUUCGUUUCGGCGGCUCAAAGUUAGGAAAUAACAACGGCAGGUCUAGUAGAGAAUCUAGUAGGUCUCGGCGGGUGGCUAAGAAGUCGUUCGAUACCACUUCCUCUCAAACUUCAUAUGGGCGUAGCGCAAUUCACACUUUAGCUCAGGCCAGUCUAUCCUCGACGUCCUUAGUCCCAGGAGGUCCCCAUCGACCGUUUUCUCCUGCUCACGCGGAGUCACCUUCUUCGGCACACUUCUCACCUUCUAGCCCUCGUUCACCCGUUUUCCCUGGACGCGUCGUAGAAGGAACCACUACGACUCGUAGCUCAGGCAGUGGUGAGUCUGAACCACGCCCGUCGUUCGCAUAUUCGGUGGAAGACACACAUCCGUAUGCUCGAUCAAAUCCCUCUGCCCCUUUGGAACAUGACCCUCGAGCCCUAUUCAAAAAGAUAGAUUUUCCCAAUAUACCUCGCAGUGAGACCGUUUCAACCCUAACUAAUUCCACUGCUUCGUAUACUUCCAUAAACCAGCAGCCUCAGAUAUCGCUCUCUGUACAGCCAACGCACGAACCUUUACCGCAGAGUCCUCGGCUACAAGCCUUCGGUCGCGAGAUUUCAUCUCCUGUAGCGUUUCGCAGUACCACUCAUACAGCCGAACGUGCUGACUUCCUUCCUCCUCGAACGGGAAAUAUAUCCGGUUGGACUGAGCGCGCCGUUUCGCCUUCCUUUAAUCUCAUAUCUCUAGAGGAAGCACGAGCUCAAAGGUCUCGAAGCAUCACAUCUCAAAGCACCACCACACAUCCGAGUUCAUCUGUUCUUCUUGAAGAUCGUCAAAACGAGCAAAUCUCCAGUCACAGUGUUACUUCUAGGGCUCGGGCUCGAUCGAUAAGUGCGGGUGCUAGAGCGAAGCAGGCGCUCACAAGCAUGGUCGGGAAUACACCGCCCAAACAGGAGCGCCGUGGGUCCGAGCCUGCUGUUGUGGUCGCACCAACCAGUGAUAGCAAGGUCCUCAAGCAUAAGAAGAGUGGGCUUAUGAGGCUUUUCAAUGGCGGACGGGACGAAAAGACACCCCCUCCCCCUGUGCCUUCGUUGUCUGAAGGUUUUGCUGCUUUCAAUGCACAACAAUCUACUGUGCCAAAGGGUCUCAAAGUGAAUCGAGUUCCUCCCCCACAAGUGUCACCCUCUAUGUUUGAGAAAUCCCACUUUGUUGAGGAAUCACAGAUCUCAUCUCCAAAACCAACUACCAGUCCUAAACGUACACCUCCUCCUUUGAAUAUUGUGGACUCAAAUCAUGUUACUGGUACCCUUCGACCUCAGUUCCACGGUGAGGUUGCACAAAGUGCGCCUGCGAAUGUGACUGAAUUUCCAUCGCUCAAGCUGCGACCAAUCUCCACGGUGUUCAGUUCUCACUUUGGUGAUCACAUCUUGCCAUCACCCUCUUCUGAUGAUGAACCAGAUACACCAAGCUCACUACAGAGCCCCAUCACAGGCAUCUCUCCUGUAACUCCCGGACCUUUCAGCCGUCCCAAUGAGCAAAACUCUCAUCAACACAAGACCUCAUCAGGUUCUGGUGGUAAUGUGGAAGAUCAGUCUGCAGUCAUUCGAGCUCUGCAAGAUCAGAUUGUGACGGCCAAACGUGCUUGGCAACGACAAAUCUGGGAGUUGGAAGGCCAAGUCAGAGAUCUGAAGGUCGAGGUGGAAGAUUUGCGUAACGCUGGGAAUGUGCAAGGGUAUUGUGAGCUUUGUGGGAGAGGUAUACCGAACUCGCGUGAGAGCUCUGGCGAAAGUUCACAGGGCGAUGAAGACAAGAAACCUGGUAGUGUGGUCAACAGACCGAGAGCCAGGACUGGGACAGGUCAAUCCCGAUUCGGAAGUGCUGUUUGAUCUGCUUCUCGUUUCCUAACAUCAUGAUUACCUCUUUGCGAUGUCUAUAUCCAAUUUUCUUUAUCGUUCAUACUUGUCCACGGAUGUCCACAUUCAUUUCAACCAAUGUAUACUCUCUAGUAAUUAUUCUUAACUUCUUAUUACUAUUUGUUGUUGUAGUGUCACUGUCAUUCCCAGCCCAUUUUUCCGACUCCAUCGUCGUUACCUCUCCUUUCUA